AUGUUUGUGGCAGCGCCCGCGCACGCUAACCCAAUUCCGCUGGUAUCAGCUUUCACAAACUCACUCGAUGACGCGACGGUUGCGUCACAUCUCACUAACGGUACAUGUGAACUGCUGCUCUGGCGACAUUAUGUCAUUAAAGGGCCUGAUAUCAUAGCAACGACCAACGAGAUUACAAGUCGAGACAGUACAAUAGGCAGCGGCACUCAGCCUGCUUUCGGAACUCUUCGGUUUGCUUCGUUCCCCUACACUACCCACGAUUACGCAGAGCCUUUGCUUGUGACCUGGACUCUAAGUGUCUUAUUCGGUGGCGUUCAUCCUCGAUAUCGCGAGGUGAAUGCAGAGUACUGUACGAGUCAGAACGUUCGCAUACGUGGAAGCAAACCGGACUGGGGUACUCGAGUGAACUGUGAACCCAGAUACCUCCGCUGCUUCAGGCUCAUCAGUUUUAGUGUUGGUUCAAGUGACAUAGUGUACUUUGGAUGUUUCAAAUUUUCUAAUGGCAAUUGUGGAGUGAAAUAUAACGACGGAGACAUGAAUACCAGAGGUUGCCAUUCACACCAAGCAGGAUAG